UAGACAAGUGCUUUUUCGACACAAGGAGAGCACAGGUGCCGAAUAACCCACCAAAAUGCUCGUUUAAAGAAUCGCACGUCUCAUCCCGAAGCCAGAGAUGUGAUGAGGAGUACAAGUCCAAUGUUGCAUUAGUCUCGGUGUGACAUGCUGGCCUGUCUGCCAGUAUCAGACCCCUCCCUCGAGCUUCUCUCUCACACGCAGAUGAACACUGGACUUCAGAAAUGGGACACUACACAGAGAAUGAGAUCAGCACACUAUCCUUCCCCAGCGGAAUUGGAUGCCUAUGCUAAGAAAGUUGCCAAUAACCCACUGACUAUAAAAAUCUUCCCCAAUAGCGUUAAAGUACCUCAGAGGAAGCAUAUCCGCCGCACCGUGAACGGUCUCGACACUUCUAGCCAGCGCUACAGCCCCUACCCGCCUCAGGUCAACACCCGGACGGGCCUCUUGGCCAUUGUCAAAGUCCCCGUCAAAGGGAUUCUCAAGGACAUUGAGGGCGGCAGAGCCCGAUUUCUCCCCAAGCUCAUCAUGAACCCGCACACUGGGCUUUAUGCCAAUCCCAGCACUUUAAACGUUCCUCACACUGUUCCACACCUUCAGACUCUGUCUCAGUUGCAGCCUCCUUUAGGCCAGAAGAGUCUCGCUCACUCUCAGGUCUUGCAGGCCCACUCUCAAUCCCUGCAGCAGCAGAAGGCUAGUUUACAACCACAGCCGAGCCUGGCCCAUCAGGAGGCUAUUCGUCAGAGCCAGGCUCACCAACAGCCAGUACCGCACCACGCCCUAAACCACCAACAGACUCUCAUGCAGCAGUUGCCCGGUCAGCAGGGACUCCGGCAUCUGCCUGAUAUGGCGCAGACGGUAAACAUGCAGCAUUCCCAGGGUUUCCCUCAAUCCCAACUGGUGCCACAGGCCAGUUGCGCUGGCCCAUCUGCCCCCGGGGUCUUACAGCCGCCCCUGACGGGCUUACAGAUGCCACGCAAGCUGCCCGAUGCUGAUGCCCCUCCCAAUGUGACUGUGUCUACCUCAACCAUCCCGCUAUCCAUGGCUGCCAGCCUGCACCAGAAUCGGCCCAGCGAUUUGAACCACAUCGUCAAUCAGAUCAACCAGUUCUGCCAGGCACGGGCUUGCAUGGGCUCUACCUCUGUUUGUGAAGGACAGAUAGCCAACCCUAGCCCCAUUAGCCGCAACCAACUCAUUAGCGCGAGCUCCCGGGUGUGCACGCACAACCCUGUCAUGGGCCCUCUGCCUUCUUGCAUCCUUGGUAACUCGGACAAAGCUGGUCCCACCCCUCCCCUACCACUGCCCGACAUUACCUCCAUGAAAAGGAUGCCCGUUUACCAUAGUGACAUGAAGCAGCAGCACACUCAGCCACAGUUACCACAGCUUCAUCAGGGCCCUUGGGCUGGCCAGCACCAGCUGGCACACCUUCAACACCUUCCUGAGGGAGCUCACCAGGGCAAGAACCUGCCCAGAGAAGCCCUGGUGGGGCAUAGUGGGUUCCUGACUAAGGGCAUGAGCUACCCACAAGAAGUGUGCAUGGGUCAUCCCUUCAACUUGAAGCCCCCUACAGACAAACCGACGCCUUCUCCUCCAGUCAAUGGGAUGCCAGGUGGCAUGAGUUACAGCCACUACAUGCAGCCUCCUUGGAACAGCAUCUUGCCAACACCAAACAGUGACAGCUCAGGGUCCCAAGACCUGGUGGGGCCGUUCCAUGGGUGCCUCUCAGGAGCCUCCAUAGACUGUACCCCCGGAGUACAGUACAGGACUGGGGCGGCCACCUCUAGCCAGACGAACCUGAUGCAGACCAUGGAGUACAUGGGUGGCGACUUCCAGACGGCUUGUUUCAGAGCACAGAAUACUGGCACGAUGGCAAAAAUGCGCAGGGUCGCAGAUUCAGGUGAUAGUAGAAAUGUGCACAUUCACCACCCAGGGUACAGAUGAGCUGCGGCCAUUCGCACUAGUCCUGAGUUAGUGGAAGUCAGGUGACGUAAGGAAAAGUCCUCCCCUCCCCAUUUUGUUCUCAGUCUUGUAAGUGAUCUACUGAAUGUUUCCUGUUCCGUGACUACCGCAGAGCUGAACCACCCCACCCCCAUGUGCCAUUUUGAUGUAAUUUUAUUUUGUUUAGAUUUGUUAAUUUAAGUAGCCUCUGGACAAAAGUAGGCAUGUAUUUAUUAUUUUCUUUUCAGAAAACAGCCAUAAAAGCAUAAUUUUGUUAGAUUAGCACUAUUUUGUCCAUUGCUAUCUGGUCUGUAUACACCGAUCAGCCAGACCAUUAAAACCACCUGCCUAAAAUUGUGUAGGUCCCCCUCAUGCAGCAAAAACAGCACCAAACCUGUUAUUUGAGUUACUGUAGACUUUGUCAGUUUGAACCAAUCUCUGUUGACCUCUCUCAUCAACAAGGCAUUUCCAUCUGUAUAACUACCGCUCACUGGAUGUUUUUGGCACCCUUUUGAGUAAAUUCUGGAGACUGGUAUGUGUGAAAUCCCAGGAGAUCAGCAGUUACAGAAAUAUUCAGACCAGCCCGUCUGGCACCAACAAUCAUCCAUGCGGUUAUCUAAUGUCAGUCAUGUGGCUGUAGUGCAUAAAAUCAUGCAUAUACAGGUCAAUCAUUUCAAAAACAUCCAGUAAGCAGCAGUACUGUGGACGGAAAUGAUUUGUUGAUGAGAGGUCAACGGAGAAUGGCCAGACUGAUUCAAACUGACAAAGUCUACGUUAACUCCAAUAACCACUCUGUACAAUUGUGGUGAGAAGAAUAUAAUCUCAGAUUGCUAUUCUGAGAUGCGGGUUUGUGUUGUUUUGGCGGCACGUAGGGGACCUAUACAAAAUUAAGCAGGUGCUUUUAAUAUUGUGGCUGAUUUGUGUCAUUUGAAAGGAAAAAUGUACCACAAAAAAUGCACAUUAAUUUGCUUCCUCCUUGGCAAAAGCCAUUUGUAUGUAGUUUAGGCCUACUUGAGAUUUGAAGUACUAACUCUUAACAGGUUGAUCUUAUUCACUGAAGGGGGGUGCCAUGAUACUGAGAUAUCUGGCUGUUUCUUCCAUCUAAGCUAACAGCUUACAUGUACAAUGUACAGAGUUUGAUUUAAUUUUUCCCCUGUUAAUGUUUACAUAUUGUACUUUUGAAACUAAUUCUGAAUCGAUAUGAAAGUGCAAACUGAUAAUGGGAUGUGCACACAUGACAAGACUGUUUCUUUUUCAGACUGUUGAACAUGAAUCAGGUUAAAGUCUUGGGUGGAAAUGUUACACUAGGGCUGUGUCAAGCCACAUUGUGUAAAAGGAUGAUCCUACCUUGAAGUGUCAACUAAUGCUUUUUUUUUUUUUUUUUUUUUUUUUAUCAUUUAUUAGAUUUCUAUUUAAAUGCAAUUGCAUUGGGACUUGUGCUGUGCCCUAAUUGCAUAGCUUAGAAUUUUAUUUUGUCUCAAUUUAAUUGUUACUACUUGAAUUUCAUUGGAGAGUGUGUGACAUCAGGCUCCCACUCACUACAGGUCUUGAAGCGGACCAAUGUUUAAAGGAUGACCCAAAUGUUCCUUUUGGAAGAAUUCUAUCAUCCUCUCAUGUUAGUUCGUUAUGAAAGGAAAGAUGUCCUUGAUCAUAAUUGGAUGGAAGUGUGUCAAUGUCAGCGUAAUAUAAAUGAGCACCACAGGGUUAGCCUGUGGCAGCACUGCUGUGCUACUGUAACUAAGAGGUGUGAUUAGCCGGUGUGAAUGCUGUGUGUCAGGGCGAAUUGGCUCCCUGCUUUUGCUCCAUCAAUAACACCAUACUGCUGCUCCCUCGCGGGAUCACUUCCAUCUCCGUCACACGCUGUUGUCUGUCAGCUGAACCUUGCCAAUGCAUUUUCCACCCACCCCUGGCACUUCAUGUGUCAUGUUGUACUUAUCUAAAAUAGCUGAAAUUCACAGCCAGUGACAGUCUGGUUCUAUUUAAUUAUGGGAAAUAACCUAAACAACAGAUGUUUUUUUUUUUUUUUUUUUAAAGGAAUAGAUCACCAAAAAUUAUAAUUCUGUUAUUUGAUCAUACAAAUAUCAAUCCAAACUGUAUGCGGUUUUUUUUGUGUGUGUGUGUGGAACAUAUGAGUAGAAUUUUUUUUAUGAAUCGUUAUGCAGUUGUUGGAUCCAGAAUUAAAAAAUGGCACCAUUUUUUAAACUGAACAUGUGCACAAUCAGAGAUGAAGAUUAAUAAUGAAUAAAUCACACAAGUUGUAUGGACCACUUUCAAGGUGUUUAAUUGUCCUUAAUUGGAGCUUGACAUUGUAAGAGCAUAACAAUUCUUAAACAAUUUCUAUUUUUGUGUACCACAGACAACAUCACGACAAACAAGUUUGAAAUGACACCAUGGUUAAUAGUUAAGCCCAAAGUAUACUUUGAUUUUGACGCGAACGCUCAGCGUCUGCGAGCCUGUCAAAGUAUAGUCCAUUUGACGGUGCGCGCAUACACAGGCAGUUUGCGCAUGCGUGCCAUGACAUCCAGACCUCCUCACGUGCAAAUUUACCGUUGUUGUUGUUAUCCUGUUUUUUAGCGCUGAUUACAUCUAGCGUUUCUUUGUGACAGCAAUGGCUCAAAUGUGAGUUGCCACCAUGUGGAUUCAUGAAUUCGUGCAAAUAAUUCCAGGCAAAUGCGCAUUCUGAGACGUUCAAAGACAUGUGGUUAAGGUCCUGGUAUACUUCGUUUUUGCGUGUUCUGGAUAGCCUUGCGCGUGGUCGACCGUGUUGCCUUUCUGAGUAUACUAUUCUGACCGCAAACAAAUAGGAACGUGUUAGACGCAUGCGCACUACAACUGCUUUGUGGUACUCUUUUAGUACAGUCAAUGACCAGCGCUUGCACAGACGAUGCGCACAACCGAAAAUCUAAUAGAAAAUCUAGGCGGCACAAGGUUAAACUGCGCUGAUGGCGCAAUUUGCGUCACACAUACUGUGCAUUAAAUGAUCUGCAACAUGCAUACCCGAAGUAUAGCCUACUUUGGCCUUUAGAAAAUCGGGUUGCGUGUGUUCAGUGCUUGCGCACUCUGCUGAUUACGAAAUUUGCUUCACGCGUCCUCUACGAGUGUUCACGUUUGAGUAUUUAAGUAUACUUUGGUCUUUAGUUAAAAAUGGUUCAUGAUUUAUAGAAGUUUUGGGGUGAACUUUUGAGUGCCCGCUUUAGCUUCUUUUAGAUAAACAGCCUCUUUGGUUUUUAGGUGUUUUCCAUAUUAUACACCACAGUUUAACUCCCUUGAAGAGAUUUCUCUCUUUCUCAGGUCUACCUGUGCCUCUUCUCAUAUUUUCCCUCGACUCAAGCUUGUAGAGAUGUUGCAAGAGUCUCUCCACCUCUAUCAGGGCAGGCCAUCUGGCAGUGGAUGACGGGUAUUUUCAGACAUUAUUGUAACGAGUGGAGCAAAUGCAGAUGAGCGAAUGGGUGGAGCUGUGACAAGUAGUAUCAUAGCCUCCCUGUUUGCCCCUCAAAAGCCUUAAAUAUUUGAUCCUUGAAAAUAGGCAUGGUGUAGAAUAUAAAUUAAUGAUAUUUAGCUACAUUUGUUUUUGUGAAACUGUAAAUCAGGGGGUGUAAAACUCCUAAGCGAAUAAUUUUUUGUAUUUAGCAAUGUAUGUGUAGUACUGGGCUGUAACAAUUGUCGCAUUCAGACCACGCCAUGUUGUAUUUUUUAAAACUUGCCUUUUUAAUUUGAUUUGUUAACCAUUACAGCAAAAAUAUUGAAGUCCUUGAUCUGUUUCCUUUCAUGGCAAAACACAUAAAUUUGGCAUGAUAUAUAAAAAUAUAAGCUUCAAUGCGAAUAAACAUUUGGCGACAAGGCUUUUUAGGCCUAGUUUAAGCUUUCAAUCAUGUCACUUACUUUGCUCAUGAAGCUGCUAUUUCAUUCCAACAACAAAAGAAAUACAUUUCUUAUAAAUGUUGUGAGGAUAGAGAUGAGAUCUAAUUUAAAUUAUACCUCUUUUUUUUUUUUUGCAAUGCAAUAUUGUUAAUAGGUUGAGCAUUGGCAGAUGUAAUAAGUUAUUCCAUUUGCCUGUCGACUGUCAUUUGUAAAUCUUGAACGUUUAGACUCUGUAUUUCUCUCAGUCCUCAUUUCAUGCCUUGUUACAGCUCAAGAGUACAAAGCCAGGUUACUCUUUUAAUAGUUACUAUCUCUAUGUGAAGUGCCUCCUCUGGGCUGAUGUGGACUGUGUGCAUGUGACCGUUGGAAUGGAAAAUUGACUGGCGCUAGUGCACAUUCCAUAGAUGUAGUGCACAGCUCAAAAUUGGGGGACUGAGCUACUUAUAUUGUUAAAAAACUACUGAUAGUAAAAAAAAAAGAACGUCACAUGCUGCUGCAGGUGCGAGAUCCAUUUGGAUGAGAGAAGUUGCUGCUGAAUCGCAAGUUUAGGUGGCGAGUGUUAGGCUGUUGAACUCCCUAGUGUCCUUGAGACAUUGGAAGGAAUGCUCUAGAAAGUUUUUGUCUUUUGGAGCACAUGCACUCCUGCCCCCCCCCAACAACACAAUGGCAGUUUUGACCUAUGGGAGUAUGUUAUGAGGAUUCGAGUGUGUCUCAUCUUGUUCCACCAAUAAAAACUAUUUCACUUGAAUGGUAGCAAUGCGCACCUGUUUUGUGUAACCGAAAACUGUCAUUCCAGAUAAAAAAUUCAGGAACGUGUUGCACAAAUA